AAGAGUAUUCUUUUUAUAAAAAAAUCUUAGGUGGCUACAUGAUUUGGGCAUUAAUGAAGAAAACAAAAACAGCUGUUCUCUGUUAUUUUUAUUAGAUUACAAGUUAAUACAAACACAGUUAUGAACUUUUUUCGAAGCGCUACAUUAACGUUGCGCUCCGCUCAAUUGCACAGAAUGUCAGCUUCACCUCAAACUGCACCCGUUGAGUCAGCCAUAAGAGCCGCACUUACGGAGCAGUUAUCACCAUUGCACUUGGAAGUGAUCAACGAGUCCUAUAUGCACAACGUACCGAAAGGAUCGGAAACACAUUUCAAAGUGUUGGUAGUAUCUGAUAAGUUUGAGGAGCUCUCUUUAAUAAAGCGCCACCGUUUGGUGAAUUCAAUUGUUAAAGAGAAAUUGGCUGGUGAUUUUGUACACGCGCUAUCUAUAGAGGCUAAAACUCCCAAACAGUGGGAUCCUAAUUACACAGUCGAACCUAGUCCAAAUUGUCUUGGUGGUUUUGGAAAAUAAGAUGAAACGCAGCUGUUUUACACUGUUAAAAUCUUUUAUGUUUUUGAAUAAUUAGAAAUUCAAUAUAUAAAUUAAUAGAAAAUCGCAUAACAAUAUAA